ACUAAAGAAACGAAGCUGAAAUGAUCAAUCUUAAGAGUAAAAAUCAUAUCAGCAUGUGUUUUGCAUAAAUUUUACGUUAGAUCAGUUUUGUUAAAGAAAUUUUAUUUCGGAAAAGAAACAAAAAAAAAUCUCCCAUCUGAUUAACUGAUUGUUUGAAGUGUUUUAAUGAUUAAAAAUUUAAAAAAUAUUUACGGUAAAUGAUGAUUUCGCAGAAUAAAUUUUUGUGAAUAAAUUAUUGAAAAAAGGUCGGCUCAUUUUACGUACAUAUAUUGAUGAUUUGUGUGCCUACAUACGUACCUAAAUACACGGUAAAUAUUUUAAGAAGAAAGAAGAAGAAAAAAGGUUUUCGUUAGCUCGAAAAAAAAUAACUUCUUUUAUUUGCACUGUCCGUGACCAUUGGCAUAUCAUCGGUUUUGCGAUAAAUUCAGAUCGUAUUCGUUUUUUCGUUGUGUUACUUUAGCGAUUAAAUGCUGUGUUGAUGACUUUGUACAUUGUACCUAAAUAUUGUGAUUAAACGGAAUUUUGUUUAUGUUUAUAUUAAUUUGAGUUGUGCUACAAUUUAACGUUUGACUAUGAAUUUGUUUUUGUACGUCGCACUUACGGCGUAUUUUACGGCUCUCUGUAACAGUGAAAAUGUGUUUAACCGAGUAUUUCGUCAAGUGGCUGAAACCAUAAAUUAUGACAAAAGUUCAAGUGAUCAGGAGGAAGGCACAACCACAGCUCCAUGGAAUCCGUUAAAUUGGUUCAUACCAAAAUUGAAUGCAAUACCGUAUAAUCCGGAUACGGACCUAGGAACGUGUGAAAUAGCAGCACGACACGGAUACCCGUGUGAAGCACAUGUUGUGAUUACAGAGGAUGGGUACCUACUCACAAUACAUCGCAUUCCAUGCGGACGUAUUGGAUGUGAGCAUGUUGGAAAACGGGGCUCAGGUCAACCGGUCUUUUUGCAACACGGAUUGUUGUCAAGCUCAGCAGAUUGGUUACUGAGUGGACCUGAAAAGGCAUUAGGAUUUAUUUUGGCCGAUGCCGGCUAUGAUUUGUGGUUGGGAAAUGCCCGUGGCAAUACAUACUCGAAACGACAUAUCUCAAUACGUCACGAUGACUCUCGAUUUUGGGACUUUAGCUUUCACGAAAUGGCACUGUACGACCUACCCGCCGAACUUGACUACAUCUACAAGAUCAAAGGCAUUGAAAACUAUUCAGCGAACAAUGCAUCUGAUUAUCCACAUAGUCUGGUGUAUGUGGGACAUUCUAUGGGCACUACAAUGCUGUUUGCAAUGCUUUCACUGCGGCCGGAGUACAAUAGCAAAAUUCGAGCUGUUAUGGCUUUAGCGCCUGUGGCAUACAUGAGCAAAGUAAAAAGUCCAAUACGGCUUUUAGCACCAUUUUCCAAGGAUGUAGAGAUUCUUUCAGUUAGAAAUAGAAUAGAUUAUUACGAUUCGAAUCAACAAAAAAAUGAAUAUACCAAUAAUGUUCCCAAUUGGGUCGAUUAUAUUGCUGAAACACUUUUAAAUCGGGUGUCGUUAAGUUUGUUGAUGGUAGCCAAGUUCUUAGGGGCCAAUGAAUUUUUACCGCAAAAUAAAAUUUUACAAUUUUUGGCCAAGUAUGGAUGUGAGCUCACCGAAGCAGAAAGAUACAUCUGCGAAAACACAGUGUUUGUUCUGUGUGGUUUCGACAAAGCCCAGUAUAAUGAGACAUUGAUGCCGGUUAUAUUUGGACACACACCAGCUGGAACGUCUACGAAAACUGUAGUACAUUAUGCACAGGAAAUUCAUGAAAAGGGAAAUUUCCAAUAUUUCGACUACGGCACAAAGGAGAACAUUGUUCGGUAUGGACAGGAGAAUCCACCGCACUAUCAACUGCAGAAUAUUUCCACACCCAUUGCCCUCUUUUACGCACAAAAUGAUUGGCUGGCGGGCCCGGAGGACGUUUCAUUGUUGUUUGACAAACUGCACCGAUCAACCAUUGGAAUGUUCAAGGUGCCGUUUGACAGUUUCAAUCACGUUGACUUUAUUUGGGGUAAAGAUGCUCCGACGCUUGUCUAUUCGAAAAUGCUGGAAGUUAUGUCUAGGUUUCAAAACUAGAAUUUUUAUCGGCCUAUUGCAAUGAUGGAAGUAAGAGUUCCACAGGUGUGUUCAUAAAUCGGAAGGGUGUAAAGAAUAAAUGUCAAAUUAAAAUUUG